CCUGUGCGUGCGCGUCGGCUGGCGGCGGCACUGGCGGCAGCUGGAGGCGUAAUAGAGCGGGUCGCCGGCUUGGAGAACUUCAUAAGCGGCUGUGGCGCGGGCGGCGGCGGCGACAACGACAGCUGCAGCGGGGCCCUGGGCUUGUCGCUCACCAUGCCUACCGUGGAGGAACUUUACCGCAACUAUGGCAUCCUCGCCGACGCCACGGAGCAAGUGAGCCAGCAUAAAGAUGCCUAUCAAGUAAUAUUGGAUGGCGUGAAAGGCGGUACCAAGGAAAAAAGAUUAGCAGCUCAGUUUAUUCCGAAGUUCUUUAAGCAUUUUCCAGAACUGGCUGAUUCUGCUAUCAAUGCACAGUUAGACCUCUGUGAGGAUGAAGAUGUGUCAAUUCGACGUCAGGCAAUUAAAGAACUGCCUCAAUUUGCCACUGGAGAAAAUCUUCCCCGGGUAGCUGAUAUACUAACCCAACUUUUGCAGACAGAUGACUCUGCAGAAUUUAACUUAGUGAACAAUGCCCUGUUAAGUAUAUUUAAGAUGGAUGCAAAAGGGACUCUAGGUGGCUUAUUCAGCCAGAUACUUCAAGGAGAGGACAUCGUUAGAGAGAGAGCAAUAAAAUUCCUCUCUACAAAGCUUAAGACUUUACCAGAAGAAGUCUUAACAAAGGAAGUAGAAGAACUUAUACUAACUGAAUCCAAAAAGGUCCUAGAAGAUGUGACUGGUGAAGAAUUUGUUCUUUUCAUGAAGAUACUAUCAGGAUUAAAAAGUUUACAGACAGUGAGUGGAAGACAGCAACUUGUAGAGUUGGUAGCUGAACAGGCUGACUUGGAACAGACCUUCAAUCCUUCAGACCCUGACUGUGUUGACAGACUCCUGCAGUGUACACGGCAGGCUGUACCACUUUUCUCUAAAAAUGUGCAUUCCACUAAGUUUGUGACUUAUUUCUGUGAGCAUGUUCUCCCUAACCUCAGUUCCUUGACUACACCAGUAGAGGGUCUUGAUAUACAAUUGGAGGUAUUGAAAUUGCUGGCAGAAAUGAGUUCAUUUUGUGGUGACAUGGAAAAACUAGAAACAAAUUUAAGAAAACUAUUUGACAAGUUACUGGAAUACAUGCCUCUUCCUCCAGAAGAAGCAGAAAAUGGAGAGAAUGCUGGUAAUGAAGAACCUAAGCUACAGUUCAGUUAUGUGGAGUGUUUGCUAUAUAGUUUUCACCAGUUGGGCCGAAAACUUCCAGAUUUUUUAACAGCAAAACUGAAUGCAGAAAAGCUCAAAGAUUUCAAAAUCAGGCUACAGUAUUUUGCACGUGGACUACAGGUUUAUAUCAGACAACUUCGCUUGGCUCUUCAGGGUAAAACUGGCGAGGCCUUAAAAACAGAAGAGAACAAGAUUAAAGUUGUUGCAUUAAAAAUAACAAAUAAUAUCAAUGUUUUAAUCAAGGAUCUCUUCCACAUUCCUCCUUCUUAUAAGAGUACAGUAACAUUAUCCUGGAAACCUGUACAGAAGGUUGAGAUUGGGCAAAAAAGAGCCAGUGAAGAUACAUCUGUUUCACCACCCAAGAAAUCUCCAGCAGGACCAAAAAGGGAUGCCAGGCAGAUUUAUAAUCCUCCUAGUGGGAAAUAUAGCAGCAAUUUGGGCAACUUUAAUUAUGAGCAGAGAGGAGCCUUCAGGGGAAGUAGAGGUGGCCGAGGUUGGGGAGCACGAGGAAAUCGUAGUCGGGGAAGACUCUACUGAAUCACACCACAUUCUUCAGCAUUGUCAUGAGCUUAAUAUACUUAAAUUCUACUACUCAUUGGAUUGCCGGGGAUGACCCUUUAAAAGGACUGCUGCCUUCAGCUAAAGACUUACUGUUCUUUAUACCUACCUUUGUAUGUAUGAUCUACUUUUGUAACAGACCAUGGUUGUGUCCAAGGUAAAAACCACAACGAUAUUUUUGGAUGCUUUGUCCGAAAUCUUGACUUGUUUUUGCAAUAUCAUCACCAUUCAGGCGUCAUAUUGUGAAUCUUAACCUUUGAAGCAUCUUGUUAUUGAGAGCUAUUCAAGUCUAAAUGUAAUGAAAUUCAGUCUGUUUCUGGUAACUGGUAAAGAUCAGUUUUGAACUUUUACUAAUUUUCUUUUUUUUUUAACUCAAUAUAUGGAGAGGAGGAGUAGUCAGUCUUAGCACAGGCUUUAUUACUUUUUAAUGAAGCUGCUAGCCAGUGGUGCAGCAUUCCUACCAAGUGUCAUAAAAGCAAAAUAUACUUACCAGCUUUCUUAAAAUGUAGAAAUGACAUUUGUUACAUUUUGGGGGGGAGGUUAAGUUGCUUUGCAAUUGCUUACCUAAAUCUUCUCCAUAUGUUGUGACAGAAACUUUGGAAUAUGGGGUCAUACUAUUUGAAUAGAAAUGUGUAUGUAUCAUAUACAUACAUACAUGAGUGUAUGUGUAUAUAUGCAUGCUGUGAAACUUGACAACACAACGUAAUCUUUUUUAAUUACAGGAACAGGUAGUCUUUGACACAGUGACUAUCCUUUUGAGAUUGAAUCUAUUGUUAACUUGUGUAGGUUUUCCUUCUAGUAGUAAGGAAUAUUGAGACACUUGCACUUAAAUGAUUAUUAAUAUUUAAGACUAAAAACAGGCUGCAUUUUCAAAAAAAUUUUUGGCAAACCUUGUUGGAAAAAUACAGCCCCCCCCCCAAAAAAAAAAAAAAGCAGAUCUCAUGUACGUAAAGGUUUUUACAAAAUGAGGUAAAAUAGUAUAGAAUUUGAAGAUUUAAUAACCAGGGCAAUCCAGGAAAAGUGACAACAUGGUGUACCAAUAAGGAAAGAAUGCUCUCUUGGUUUGCUUUUGCCACUUUCAAAUUUUUAACUUCUCAGGUUACUAAUCAAAAUUAUUGUAUAAGUUAGCCAUAGAAUCUUUAGGUUAAAACAACAGAUGGGGGGUUUGUGGAGUGUUUAAUGACAUGGGCAUUUUUAGUAGAAUAGGUUCUUUGCUCUGCAGUUGAAUGUUUCAUAUAUAUAUUUGUUUCACAGUUAAUCUUCCCACCCCAUAUUUGCAUAUUCAAAUCCAAUGCCUGGAUGAUAUUUUCUAGUAGCUUGACAUAUUUUUGUGAUUUCAAUACAGGUGUCUUCAUUAUUGUUACCUCUGUAUUAGGGAAAAAGCAAAAACACCCUUUGUUAGAAUUACUGCACAUAUUCAUGAGGAAAAAAAAAUUAAAUAAUAGCUGGACUAUGGAGUGCUGGUAAUCUCUAAACAUUCCAAAAGGCUUUGAGCUAAACCUUAGAAUCUGAAUAGACAUAGGAACAUGGAAUUUCCAUUUAAAAACUUAAAAGGUAAUCUGGCACUAGAGGCAGAUCAGCCCAAAGCCAUUUUAAAUAUAGAAACAGCAUUACAACUACAGUUAAGUAAAUUUGAAUGUAACUUUUUAAAGCCUAUUUGGAAAAAAAAAAAAAAAGUUGAGAAGUGACUUUUCUUUCUCAAGUUUUGAUAUUGACAGUUUCUUCCUUUACCAUCUCACUUGUCCUCUUUCCUAAGGCAAUAGUAUAUAACUUAGGCUACUUCUUGCUUCAGGUUUUUUAAUGAAAAGGUCAUGCCAUGGAUUUUUCUUUUGCAAGACACCUGUUUAUCACCUUGUUCACAUGUAAAUGUUCCCUUAUGCUUUUGAAAUAAAUUUCCUUUUGUAAUUUU